UCUGAUCCAUACAACGGUGUUAUGUGGGACCUUGGAGUAAACCGUGUUUUACAGUACCUCGUUUUCAGACGACCUUUGCCAUCGGUUAUGGCAAUAUGUGAGGUGGCAGUGUUUAAUACCGAUUGUGAGAAGGGUUUCUUCGGGGAUAAGUGCGCAAGCAUGUGUCAAUGCAAGGAUGAACAACCGUGUGACAGCGUUACUGGGAAGUGUGCUACACCUGGAUGCUUUGCUGGAUGGAAAGGGGACUCGUGCAGUACAGAAUGUUCUGGUGACGAAUUCGGGGUAGACUGUGCUUCGACAUGCAAUUGCUAUGACAACGGAGUAUGUGACUCGAUCGAUGGCAAGUGUAUAGCUGGAGAGUGUGCCCCCGGAUGGCAAGGAAAUACAUGCGACAUAGAAUGCAAAUCACCACAUUUUGGACAAAACUGUAGCCAAACAUGUCAUUGCUACCUAUCUGGACCGUGCGACCCCAUCAAUGGACUUUGUACGCAUGGAAUGUGUGCGCCGGGCUGGUUGGGUGAUAGCUGUGAUAAAGAAUGUGACGAUGGUAGAUUUGGGCAAAGCUGCAGUAAUUCAUGCCAUUGCUACGACAGCGCAUCGUGCAAUCACACAAAUGGCAUAUGUUCCAAUCACUUAUGUGAAACGGGAUGGCAGGGAGACAGUUGUAGUGAAGUAUGUGGUUUUGGACACUUUGGACAAAAUUGUAGCCAGAUAUGCCACUGCUAUGACAAUGCGUCCUGUGUUCCAUUCAGCGGUCUGUGUCCGAAUUCGAAGUGUUCUUACGGCUGGCAAGGACCAAGUUGCAAUAUAGAAUGUGCCGAUGGUACAUUUGGGCAAAGCUGCAGUAAUUUAUGCCAUUGCUACGACAGCGCAUCGUGCAAUUACACAGAUGGCAUAUGUUCCAAUCACUUAUGUGAAACGGGAUGGCAGGGAGACAGCUGUAGUGAAGUGUGUGGUUUUGGACACUUUGGACAAAACUGUAGUCAGAUAUGCCACUGCUAUGACAAUGUGUCCUGUGAUCCAUUCAGCGGUUUGUGUCCGAACUCAAAGUGUUCUUACGGCUGGCAAGGACCAAGUUGCAAUAUAGAAACGGGCACAUCAAAUGACUCAACGAUUAUUACAACUCAAACAUCAACAAACACUCCCUACACAGAAGUCACGAAUGGACAAAGUGUAUAUGAAGAACUUAAGAAAUAUAAAAGUCGAUACAUAGUAUCUGUCACUACGGUUGGCGUCUUGGCAUUUGGUUUUGUUGUUGUUGGUCUAAUAGUGGUCAGUUUAAAGUUUGCCAAACAGAGUGUCAGUACGUGCUGUAUUAAAGCAAAAGAAGCCUCUAGAACUCUUAGUGUCAAACCAGCAGAGCUCUAA